CCCUCAUGUGACAAAUAUCAUAGGCAACAACAAUUGAGAGAAAUUUGAAAAUGCCUGUGUAUGUUCCUUGUGACAAUCCAAAGAGAGUGUCUAUUGAACAAGUUAACUUGGAAAGGAAAAUUAGAGAAAGAUUGGAUAAAGCAGAUAUCAAUAACAAUGGUUGUUACACAAAGGAAGAACUCACUAAAGCUCUAAAGGAUUUAGGUUCCUAUGUUCCUGGAUGGAGAGCUAACCGUUGUUUGGUCAAAGCUGAUGCUAACAAUGAUGGACAAAUCAGUGGUGAGGAAAUUGAUACUUUAGUUGAUUAUCUUCUUACUCGUGGUUUUGGCAAAAACUAAUUAAGAGGUGAUUCUCAGAUGAAUACAUCUUAUUUGGAUAUGUAUCAGUAUAACGUUGAAGUGAAUAAUUUUGAUAGAUUCAAAAAUUAAUAAACAUUGUUUAUGAAUCGAUCAAAAUUAUCCACCUCAACAAAAUACUGUUAUAUAUCUAAAUAUAAGACAUACAGUGAAGUAUUCACCUUAUGAAUAAUUAAUCAAGCCUUCUUGAUUAAUAGCUUAAUGUUAUGUAGUUUGUGUUAAUGUUAAGGUUGAAGAACCGGAGGAAUAUAAUGAAUUCUUCCUGUGUUAUGUUAUAUAUGCAGUACUUACUGCUCAUAAAAUAAAUAGCUUAAUGCUAUCAUGUUUUAUAA